UGGAAUGUUUUGAAGGAGUUGGUGGACAUCAUGAAUCCAUUUGGAGAAGCAACAGAUUUGACACAAGGGGAAAAGAUAGUGACAAUCAGUUCUGUUGUUCCAUCUGUCCUGUCCCUAAAUCACCACCUCGAGAAGCUGAAGCCACAAGUCCGUUUCCUCAGCAGCCUGGUUAGAAGUCUCCAGGUGUCCCUGAAGAAAAGGUUUGGGGGGAUUUUCAUCAAUGUGAAAAUGGCCACAUUAACACAGGAUGGAACAACUGCCCCCUUUUCAGAUCCUGUGUACCUCAAAGCAGCUGCUUUGGAUCCAGCCUUUUCUCUGAUGUGGAUAGACCACCAUGUGCUGGUCAGUCUUGAGGUCAAAGCUGAGGUUCGACAACAUGUGAAAGAACUGAUCCUGCGAGAGGCUGUGGAGACAGAGCAACCUACGCCUUGUGUUGAUGAGGAAGAGCAAGAGAGCCUUGGACAAGGUGAAGGGCUGUUUGCUGCCUACCAUAAGAGGAAGAAGAAGGAUGUUGGGACCACUCCAGCACUGCAGCUAAGUCACUAUCUCCACAUCGCUGACGGACAGAAUGUCCUUUUGUUCUGGGCAAUGAACAUGAAGGUUCUUCCUUCGCUGUUCAAAGUGGUCAUCAGAGUUUUGGCAGUGCCUGCCUCCAGUGCUCCGGUGGAGCGAGUUUUUAGCCAUGGUGGCAUCAUCCUGCGACCCCAUCGUGCACAAAUGAGUGACCGACUAUUGACCAAUUUGGUCUUUUGCAAAUGCAAUGCAUUAUAGGGCCCCGAGAUAAUAGCAAAAGUGUGGGUGAAUGAAACUGUUACUUCAUGUUAUGUUUAUGCAACUGUUAUGUUUCUCAGCCUGUCGCUUAAUUUGGGCAAAUUUGGUCUCUUGGACCCUGAGAUUG